UCAAACCACCAGCCCUGAAGUCCUGCCUCCUGCUUUCCCCCUUUCAUCCCUUUUUGCCUUUCUUUCUUUCUUUUUUCCCCCCUUCUCAUCUCUUUUCUUUUCCCCAACAGCAACUCCAGAGCUGAGAGACUGCAUCCCGGGACAGACUGCCUUUUCUUAAUUGAUAGAUAGCCCGGCUCGGGUUUUCCCACCUCCUCCCCCAACCCCACCCCGCCUCACCCAUCCCUCCCGCCGCCGCCGCCCCAGGGCCCGCCCGGGGCUCUGUCGCCGGUUGCGUCCCUUCCCCGCUGCGGCUCGCCGACUCCGCACUCGCGCUCGGGCCAACGCGCCCGCCUCGCCCGCCUCCGGGUGCCUUGGCCGCUCCAGCCUCUACACACGCCUCAGCUGGGGGAGCCUUCUCCCAAGCCCCCAAAGUUUCUGGGUUCGUUGGAAUUUUUGAAUUCCGAUUUUUUUCUUCUUUUUAUGUACCUAGGAAUUUUGGAGGAAUAGUUUUGAUAAAUUGAUCGCACUUUCCGCUAGCUCUCGGUUCCCCUUCUUUUUGCCCCCCUAGCUUUGAGCAGGAAAGGGGCUUCCGAGAGAUUCCUGGUGGAUUAAGUUUUCCAAAGUUUUUCCUGUGUGAUGGUUGCGGGGAGAGCAAGCUCACCAGCUUAGCUCAGCUCCAUCUCACCUCCCCGGAGCAGCCCUAAGCCCGCAUAAAGGGUAAAACAAACAAACAAACAAACAAAGUUACACCUUGAGUCGCCUCCUGUCUUCUCUCUUCUUCCAGGCAAUCUUUUUCCUCCCUUUCUUCGAUCACCUCGCAGCCUCCAGACCCUUUUCCUCGGCCCCAUCUCCUGGGUUUCUCCGAGGGGUGCCAGGACCCCCGGCCGCAGUCUCCCCUCCCCCGUCACUCUGGUCCGGCCCUCCCCUCCCCCAUUGCGGACCGCACAGCCAAUCCCCCAAGCGGCCGCCAACAUGCUGUUUGAGGGCUUGGAGUUGGUGUCGGCGCUGGCCACCCUCGCCGCGUGCCUGGUGUCCGUGACGCUGCUGCUGGCGGUGUCGCAGCAGCUGUGGCAGCUGCGCUGGGCUGCCACCCGCGACAAGAGCUGCAAGCUGCCCAUCCCCAAGGGCUCCAUGGGAUUCCCGCUCAUCGGAGAGACUGGUCACUGGUUGCUACAGGGUUCCGGUUUCCAGUCAUCUCGCCGGGAGAAGUAUGGCAACGUUUUCAAGACACACUUACUGGGGCGGCCGCUGAUCCGUGUGACCGGUGCAGAGAAUGUGCGCAAGAUCCUACUAGGCGAACACCAGCUUGUGAGCACCGAGUGGCCGCGGAGCGCACGCGUGCUGCUGGGUCCCAACACGGUGGCCAAUUCCAUUGGCGACAUCCACCGCAACAAGCGCAAGGUCUUCUCCAAGAUCUUCAGUCAUGAGGCACUCGAGAGCUAUCUGCCCAAGAUCCAGCUGGUGAUCCAGGACACGCUUCGAGCCUGGAGCAGCCAGCCCGAGGCCAUCAAUGUGUAUCAGGAGGCCCAGCGGCUGACCUUCCGAAUGGCUGUGCGGGUGCUGUUAGGCUUUAGUAUCCCCGAGGAGGAGCUGGGUCACCUCUUUGAGGUGUACCAGCAGUUUGUGGAGAAUGUCUUCUCUCUGCCAGUGGACCUGCCCUUCAGUGGCUACCGGAGGGGCAUCCAAGCUCGGCAGAUCCUUCAGAAGAGCCUGGAGAAAGCCAUCCGUGAGAAGUUGCAGUGCACCCAGGGCAAAGACUACUCGGACGCCCUGGACAUUCUCAUUGAGAGCAGCAAGGAACACGGCAAGGAGAUGACCAUGCAGGAGCUGAAGGAUGGAACCCUGGAGCUGAUCUUUGCAGCCUAUGCUACUACGGCCAGCGCCAGCACAUCCUUGAUCAUGCAACUGCUAAAACACCCUGCUGUGCUGGAGAAGCUGCGGGAGGAACUGCGUGCCCAGGACCUGCUGCAUGGCGGUGGCUGCCCCUGUGAGGGCACCCUGCGCCUGGACACGCUCAGCAGCCUGCGCUACCUGGACUGCGUCAUCAAGGAGGUCAUGAGGCUCUUCACACCCAUCUCCGGUGGCUACCGCACUGUGCUGCAGACCUUCGAACUGGAUGGUUUCCAGAUCCCCAAGGGCUGGAGUGUCAUGUAUAGCAUCCGAGACACUCACGACACAGCGCCCGUUUUCAAGGAUGUCAAUGUGUUUGACCCCGACCGCUUCAGCCAGGCGCGCAGUGAGGACAAGGAUGGCCGCUUCCAUUACCUCCCAUUUGGCGGUGGCGUGCGGACCUGCCUGGGCAAGCACUUGGCCAAGCUGUUCCUGAAGGUGCUGGCGGUGGAGCUGGCCAGCACGAGCCGCUUCGAGCUGGCCACCCGGACCUUCCCUCGCAUCACUCUGGUCCCUGUCUUGCACCCAGUGGAUGGCCUCAGUGUCAAGUUCUUCGGUCUGGACUCCAACCAGAAUGAGAUUCUGCCCGAGACAGAGGCCAUGUUGAGUGCUACGGUGUAGCCUCACUCUGGUCUCAGCCCAGCCCAGUAGUGGGGGUGGGGGACAGAGAUAGAAACCUGUGGGGUGGGGAGGAGCUGGGUGGGAGGCCAGCAGCCCCCCUAUGUUGUUCUCUGGCCUCUUCCCUGGCAAAAACCUCCCCCAAAACAAAAGGACCCUGCCCCCUCCUGACUCCCACUCUCUUGGAUCUCCCCCCCCACUCCCUAGCUUAGCUCCUGGGACAGAGCCAGGACUGUGCCUAUGACAGUGUUAGUGCCCGCUGGCUGAGUUGCAGUAUAUGCUUAUGACCUCUCAACGCUUCCUUCUCUUAUCCCCUUGUCUUUUUGUUGGUGGUCGGGUGGCUGUGAAGGCAGGAGGGAGGAAAAGAGGGGGGCCCUUGAAGCACUCUUUGACACCCCCACAUCUCCCUUCUGUCACUGCUCAAAUGGUGCCCAGAACCAGCAUUCUGGGGAUUCUCACCUAAGGCAGGGCAGGAGCUGCCACCAGCCUUGAGGGGCCCAUACCAGCCUAACCAGUUUGGACAUUGGAAAUUACCUAUCGCUGCUAUUUGUCCUCUCUUCUGACCUUGGGGUACAGUCCUUGGGGUACAGGAGCCUAUAGGCUUAAUCCUCAGCAUCUUCCUUGGUGGCCCUGGGUAGGGACACUGGCACUCCUCCCCCGUGGGACCAACUGAGCCGGGUGGCCCCUGGCUAUAGCUGGGCUCUUAGCUGCCCACCCUUGCCCCUGUCCCAUAUUUAUUCACUGACCUUGGCUAGACUGAGGUCUGGAGCAUCCUCCCCAAGACCCACACACCGCCACCACCACCACCACCACCACCACACACACACACACACACACACACACACACACACACACACCUGCCAGUCUCUGUCCUGGCUGUCCUUUUCAGGGCUCUUGUGAGGCAAGAAGACAGUGUGUCUGGUCUAACCCAGAUCUUUGGUAUAGGGUUAACAGCCCUCCUGGGCUCUAGGCAAAAGAUGUAGUUUAAACUCAGAGUCAGACGCCCAGCAUCUCUGCUAGGCAUUCUUGGCACCCCCUCCCAGGCUGUCAAAGCCCUGGGCAUGUGCAUCUAGGGGCCACCACUUCCUGUCCUCUCACUGCCUGUCCCAGUGCCAGCCACUCCCCUGGUAAGGAAGAGUAAGGAUACGGGUUCUUCUGAAGGGACUUCUGUCUUCCCUUCCUUAACUCUCUGCCCCUUUGCUCUUGGACGAGUCCCCCACCCCAUACCCACUCCCAUCCCCAUGCCACUGUCUGCUAAGCUAAGCUCAGGGUUUGGGGUAGAAAAGAAAGCAGAGAGAUACGGUGGACAGAGCCCUCUCUCUGAGCUGCCUCAGGCCCUGUGGGGGUCUGCAGAAGCUACAGGGGAGGCUGUAGCUAGAAAGCAAUGGAGAAGGAGAGGAGGAAGACGAGGAAGAUGAGGACAGGGCAUAAGUGAUUUGUCAGAAGUGGUUCAGUUGCAGGAAGGCCAGUGGGAGCGUGGAAGGUGACUGGGUGGAAGGGGAGGGUCCCGCCUCUGGCAUUUGGAGAGUUGGCCAUGCGGGUCCUUCCUGGGAAGGGUCUGGGGCUCCGGUGUGUCUCUAGGCAAUUUCGUCUGUUUUCAGCUUCCUCUUUGCUUUCUAUUUCCGUCCGUUGGUUGCCUGUUACUGAGGCAGUGGCUCCUUUUCUCCAGAAAACAGAGCUGCAGAACGGCAUUGCACAUCCUCCUGACCCUGAAUGGCCACUGCCCCGAGGGUCAGCCACAUCUCACCAGCCGCACAGAACGUCCCAUAAGCCACGUUUCCCAAUGCCUCACUGCAUUUCUCUAACAGAACCAGAACAAACCACAGCAUUAGAAUACCAGCAAAAUCAUUGUGGAGCCAAAAAUAACUGAAAACCCUCAGCCCCCUUUCCCAGUUCUGAAACAGGCCAAACUGUGUAAAGACCCAUCGAAGUUUGUGGAAUAGGUGCAUGCCGCCCACACCCCGCAGCCAGUGCCCGGGAGGCCCGGCUUCCUGCCCUCUGACCCAGCUUGCCUGCGGCCAUCUGUUUCAGACUGAGGAUGUGGCACGUAACUCUGGCCCUGGAGAGGGACGGGGGACUGGAGGGCCCCACCAGGCAUCAGAGGCCUUACUUUUCAGGAGGCCAGCCCAGGAGGUGUAGUGAAGGAAAGGCUGAGGGGGUUCCCUGUGAAGGUGGAGGAAGAAAAGAUGGUCUGCCUGGAGGGGUCUCGAAGGUAACAGGUAAAGGUCCUAGCCUAGGCACCCGCCUAGGGUGUGACACCCGUCUCACCUCUGUAGAAGUGUCUGUUCCGUGUUCGUGUGUUUCAUUGUGGUAGCGUUAAUGGGUGAUGUAUUCUCACAUUCCUAACGAUUGUAACUUGACAUUUAAGAACACAAACCCCACAAAACUUCCUGCCACGGGCUUGCAGAUUGAAGCACUUUCAAAGUUAGGCGCUGGCGUGUGCAUUCUUGGGCAACCAUUUUGAUCCUGCCCAGGUUUCUAUUAUUUUAUACACAAAACUUUUUUUUUCCAUAAAUGUUAUAAUUUUGUGUCUGUCUUUAUAAACUAUUAUAAGUACUAUUUUGUUAUAAUUCAAAAUAGAUAUUUAGUAUAAAGUUUUUGCUGUUAAAUAUUUGUUAUUUAGUAAAAUAUGAAUUGUUCUUUAUUGUAAACAUGGUUCAAAAUAUUAAUAUGCUUUUAUCACAGUUGUUUUAAUAUUGAGAAAGCACUUGUGUGUCUCGUUUUGGUAUGAGCUGGUGCUGUGUGUGUGUUUGGACUGUCGUGUGGUUUUGAUGUGUAUAUAAUAUUCCGUGUUGCAUAUUACAACAAUGAAUGUCAUGCAGUUUGUGAAAUACUCAAUGUGGCUCUUUUACUGGCUUCCAUAAUAAACUGUGGGGACUCA